AUGAUUUUUGAUGUCAAGCCCAGUGUCCGGUCUCCCGUUCAAUGUAAUCGUUGUCUACGUUUUGGACAUACACAAAAAUAUUAUCGUAGCUGUCCCAGGUGCAGUCACUGCGGUGAAAACAAUCAUUCGGUUGAUUUAUGCCCACGCGCUCAAGCCACUGAUCCUGUAUGUCUCUUCUGUAAGCAACCUCACUUAGCCACUGAUCGUAGUUGCCGUGAAUGGUCCACUCAAAAAGAAAUUAAACACAUCAUGGCCACCGAAAAUAUUUCCUAUAAGGAUGCCUUAAUUUUUAAAAAAAAUAAUUGUUACACUACUGCUUUUUCUUUUUCCGAUAUUGUUAAGAGCCAGCCUCCAAUUUCUGAAAUAUUAAAACCAAAUAUCUCUCUAGAGGAAGAAAACUUCCCCAGGCUAAAUAAUCACCAUCAUUAUUUCAAUUCUAGGAAGACAAAACAAAAAUCUCGCUCCCCGAUUUAUAAAGGCAAAUUAAAUUUACCAGUUGAACCUCAUUUUUCUUCACCUAAUGGUUGCUGUUUAACCAAUCUCCCUAAUCAAAGCCUUACCGAAGACAAUAACUCUGCUGAUCUAUCUUGGAUCCAUUCUCUUUCUCUUAAGCUCUCUGAAUAUCUUAUAAAUUCCCCCUCCCUAUUUUCCCCUUUCUCACCCGCCUCUCUUCAGUCCCUAAUUGAAUCUUCUCUAAAUUCACUCCUUAAUAUUCCAGAUUCUAAUUUCACUUCUGAUUAG